AUGAGUUUCUCAUUCUCACCACCAUCUCCGCCGCUCUUCAAUCUAACACAGCCCUUUUCAUUCCCUCCAAACUUGUUACCCGACGAAGCAAGCCCAGAAUGGAUGAACAAAGCCGACAAUGCAUGGCAGCUAGUGGCGGCGACGUUAGUCGGCAUGCAAAGUGUCCCAGGUCUUAUAAUCUUGUACGGCGGCGCUGUGAAGAAGAAAUGGGCAGUGAAUUCUGCUUUCAUGGCGUUAUAUGCCUUUGCAAUGGUUCUCAUUUGUUGGGUAUGUUGGGGAUACAGGCUUUCUUUUGGUGAUAAACUUGUUCCUGUAUGGGGAAAAGCUUAUAUUGCCCUUGAACAGAAGUAUCUUCUCGAACAAGCUUAUUUAGGAAUGUUUCCGAAUGCGACUAUGGUGUUUUUCCAGUUUGUGUUUGCAGCGAUCACUUUGAUUCUGAUUGCGGGGGCAGUUUUGGGAAGGAUGAAUUUUUAUGCAUGGAUGUUGUUUGUUCCUUUAUGGUUGACUUUUUCGUAUACUUUUGGUGCGUUUACUAUAUGGUCUCCGGAAGGUUGGCUGAGUAAAAUGGGAAUCAUUGAUUAUGCAGGUGGUUAUGUUAUCCAUGUGUCUUCUGGAGUUGCAGGUUACACCGCUGCUUAUUGGGUUGGUCCUAGGUUGACUGCGGAUAGGGAAAGUUUUCGUCCCAACAACAUGAUACUCAUGUUAGCCGGUGCGGGUUUAUUAUGGAUGGGUUGGACCGGGUUUAAUGGUGGAGCCCCAUAUGUCGCAAGCAUGGAUGCUUCUUUAGCUGUUUUGAACACUCAUGUAUGUGCUGCUACAAGCCUCCUCACGUGGCUCAUCCUCGAUAUCAUUUUCUUCAAGAAACCCUCCAUUUUUGGUGCAGUUCAAGGCAUGAUUACGGGUCUGGUUUGCAUAACACCUGGAGCAGGGUUAGUGCAAGGAUACGCCGCAAUUGUUAUGGGAAUUUUCUCAGGCUCAAUCCCAUGGUUCACAAUGAUGGUAUUGCAGAAAAAGAUCAAACUGCUCCAAAAGGUGGACGACACAAUGGCGAUGCUGCACACACACGCCAUCGCCGGAAUCUUGGGCGGCAUUCUCACCGGACUCUUCUCCGAGCCUCAUUUGUGCAAACUUUUCUAUGGAAGUACAAGUAAAUACAUGGGAUUCUUUUAUGGAUUGCACCUCGGGACAUCACAGAGCAUCCGUUUAGGAUUUCGACAAAUGAGGAUUCAAUUGCUUGGGAUUUUGUUUGUGGUUGUGCUUAAUAUUGUGAUGACAAGUUUAGUGUGUUUAUUCGUGAGAUUAAUUGUGCCUUUAAGGAUGUCUUAUGAGGACAUGGAAGUUGGAGAUGAGGCAGUUCAUGGAGAAGAAGCUUAUGCUAUUUGGGAGAAAGGAGAGAUGGUUGGAAAAUACUCAAGUUAUUAUAAUGAUAUUGAAACCCCAAGUAAGAGUGGUAUGAUUUCGGUUGAAUAG